UGAAACAAACAAUCAACCAUCAGUCCACCAAUUAAUCAAACAACAAACUUGAGUAAAAAACGUAGCACCAAAAUAACAAAAAACAAAAAUGGCUAGGCAAAUGACUAGCAAGAGAAUGAGAGUACUCGAAACACUUUCGAUUUCGAUCGCUCUCGUCAUGAUACUCCUCCACGCCACCUCGGUCCGAGGCCAGGAUGCCUCGGAAUGCGAGGUGGCGGCUAGUGGAGGAUGCUAUGACAAGGAAAAAUCAAUGAAGCUUAAAAUCAUUGGAAUUUUUACCAUUUUAGUUUCUAGUAUGAUUGGAAUAGGGUUACCCUUAUUUUCUACUUCUUUUCCUGCCCUACACCCGGACCGUAACGCGGCUACCAUAGUAAAAAUUUUAGCAGCGGGGGUAAUUUUGUCCACGGGGUUCAUGCACGUGCUCCCGGAUUCUUGGAACAAUUUAACCUCACCAUGUUUGCCGGAAAACCCUUGGAGGAUUUACCCAUUUUCUACUUUUAUAGCUAUGGUUACGACGGUGUUGACUAUGAUGAUGGAUACGGUUGCCACCGCGUACUUUAAGAAGAAGGGUUUGAAGAGAAUGCACGCCCAUUGCGGUAACCAUGAUACUAGUGGCGGUGGUGGUGGUGGUGGUGGUGGUGGUGUUGGUGCUGUACAUCACAUGCAGAGUCCUAGAGAAGGUGAUAUGGAAAUGGUGGAGCAAACAAGCUAUAAAGGUAACAAAGAAAUUGAUGUGGAGUAUGAGGAGAAGCAGUCUCAACUCUUGAGGUAUCGUAUCGUGGCUCAGGUAUUGGAGUUGGGGAUAGUAGUGCAUUCGGUGGUGAUAGGAUUGGCAAUGGGUGUUUCUAACAAUCCAUGUACAAUAAGACCACUUGUUGCUGCCAUGUGCUUCCAUCAGCUUUUUGAAGGCAUGGGUCUUGGCGGUUGCAUCUUACAGGCCGAUUAUGGGUACAAGAUGAAGGCAACAAUGGUAGCCUUCUUUUCAGUAACAACACCAUUUGGGAUAGCUCUUGGGAUUGGAAUGCUAAGUUUCUAUAAUGAGAAUAGCCCAUCUGCUUUAAUUGUUGUUGGAGUGCUAAAUGCUACUUCAUCUGGCCUACUAAUUUACAUGGCUUUAGUGGACUUAUUAGCAUGUGAUUUUAUGGGACCUAAACUUCAAGGAAAUAUCAAGCUUCAAUUGGUUUGCUAUUUUGCUUGUUUCAUAGGCAUGGGAAUCAUGUCACUCAUGGCCAAAUGGGCUUAAGCUAGGCGCAUCGAUUAAGCUCGUAACUCAUUUCUCCAAUGUUAUUUUCUGAUUUAUUGUGAGUUUUAAAUUGAAACGACCACCUGCCUCUUUUAAGAAGAGGUGGGUUGUCUAAUGUUGUUUUCAAGUUGACAUUUUCUCGUCCAAGUCAAACUUAUGUUUGUUAUAAAACUUACAAGGGAUGGAUUUUAAUAGUUGAUGUUUACAACGAUAAAAAAAAAAAAUAAUAAAUAAAUAAAAAAACAUGCAUGUAUUGUCCAA